UGACGCGUGCGGCGACGGCUAGCAGUCACUGCCUCCAGCAAGUGCCAGAGCCAGGCCAGCAGCGCGGAGGCUGCUGUAGCGGUGGCCACAGAGCUGGCCCUGUGGGGCCCCGGGGGGGGGAGGGGGUGCCGCGAAGCCCCGGCUGAAGCCACCCGCUGCCGGGCCUCCCCCCCCACACACACCGUCCCGAGGGCGCCAUGCGGGGGGCUCCGGGCGACGCGGAGCGGCGACAGCGCUGGGGUCGCCUCUUCGAGGAGCUGGACAGAAACAAGGACGGCCGCGUGGACGUGAACGAGUUGCGCCAAGGACUGGCCCGGCUGGGCGGGGGCGACUCAGACCGCGGCGCCCAACAGGGCCUCUCCCCAGAGGGUGGUGCUGAUCCAGGUGGUGGACUGGACCUAGAAGAGUUUACCCAAUACCUGCAGGAGCGGGAACAGCGCCUGCUGCUUCUUUUCCACAGUCUGGACCGGAAUCAGGAUGGUCACAUUGAUGUCUCUGAGAUCCAGCAGAGUUUCCGAGCUCUAGGCAUUUCUAUCUCUGUGGAGCAGGCAGAGAAAAUUCUACAUAGCAUGGAUCGUGACGGCACUAUGACUAUUGACUGGCAAGAAUGGCGUGACCACUUCCUAUUGCAUUCACUGGAGAAUAUGGAAGAUGUGCUCUAUUUCUGGAAGCAUUCCACGGUCCUGGACAUUGGCGAGUGCCUGACUGUCCCUGAUGAGUUUUCAGAGCAGGAGAAGCUGACUGGCAUGUGGUGGAAGCAGCUGGUGGCUGGUGCAGUGGCAGGCGCCGUGUCAAGGACAGGCACAGCCCCUCUGGAUCGCCUCAAGGUCUUCAUGCAGGUCCAUGCCUCCAAGACCAACCGACUGAACAUCCUUGGGGGCCUACGGAACAUGAUCCAAGAGGGGGGAGUGCGCUCUCUGUGGCGUGGCAAUGGGAUCAAUGUGCUCAAGAUUGCACCUGAGUCGGCUAUCAAGUUCAUGGCCUAUGAGCAGAUCAAGCGGGCUAUUCGGGGACAGCAGGAGACACUGCAUGUUCAGGAGCGCUUUGUGGCUGGAUCCUUGGCUGGUGCCACAGCCCAAACCAUCAUUUACCCCAUGGAGGUACUAAAGACACGGCUGACCCUUCGCCGGACGGGCCAGUACAAGGGGCUGUUGGACUGCGCAUGGCGAAUCAUGGAGCGAGAAGGGCCCCGCGCCUUCUACCACGGCUACCUGCCCAACGUGCUAGGCAUCAUUCCCUAUGCGGGCAUCGACCUGGCAGUCUACGAGACCCUGAAGAACCAGUGGCUCCAGCAGUAUAGCCAUGACUCGGCUGACCCGGGCAUCCUCGUGCUCCUGGCCUGUGGCACCAUCUCCAGCACCUGUGGCCAGAUAGCCAGUUACCCCCUGGCUCUGGUCCGGACCCGUAUGCAGGCCCAAGCCUCCAUCGAGGGCGCCCCCCAGUUCUCCAUGCUGGGUCUGCUCCGUCACAUCCUGUCCCAGGAGGGCAUACCCGGCCUCUACCGGGGCAUCGCCCCCAACUUCAUGAAGGUUAUCCCAGCUGUGAGCAUCUCCUAUGUGGUCUACGAGAACAUGAAGCAGGCCCUGGGGGUCACGUCCAGGUGAGGGACCCAGAGCUGCCCUAACUGAGAUCCCUCAUCUCAAUCAUGACGUCCUCUAUACCUCAGCCACUGGAGACUGAUGGCCCAGCCAAUGGAUCCCAGGUGCCCCCAAUUCAAAUCACAGGAUCCCCAUACUUCAUCCCCUGGGUCCUGCAUCCCUCAUCCCAGCUUCUGGAUCCCAUGUUCCCCUGUCUCCCCACCACCCCCCGCCACACAUGCACACAUACACUAAGUCCUAGACCUCCAUGUCUUAACCACUGGAUUCCCCCACAACUCAGCUAAUGAAUCCCGAAACCCCAACUACAGGAGCACAUAUCCCCAUAUCUAAGCACCCAGACUCCAGAUUCACUGUCCUCAUACAGCAUUAGAUCCCAGAUCUCCAACCCCACUGGCAGAUACCAGACCUCUAUGCUUCAAGCCCUGGAUUUUCAAGCUUGGCUACUGGUUUCUAGAUAUCAAGAAACCUUAGCCACUAACUCCUGACAGUACAAUGCUCAGAUCCUGAGGUCCCCACUACUGGAUCCCAGAUUGCCCCAUCCCAGCUACUGGGUUCCUGAAUUCCUUUACCUCAACACUGGGUCCCAGAUCCCUCUGCUUUGACUGCCAGAUCCCUACAUUUCAACCACUACACCCUCAACCACCAACCCACCGGAUUCCAGAUCUGGUACCCCCACUGGAGUCCUGAUCCUGGCUCCUAAAACCACAUUCACAAGAGCCCAAUGGCAGAGCGAUAGGCCCUGGCAACUGCAGCUGUUGGCUCCCCAAUCCCUUCACCGCAGGCCCUGAAUACUGAGACCUCACCCACAGGAAACAGACCCUGACAUUUCCAGGCACUGGAUCCUAGAUUCUGACCUGAAUCCUCCCAGGCUCUAGCUCCCAAAUGCUCAGAUCCCAUGUCUAGAUCCCAGUAUGCUGAUCACAGCAAUCUGGACCCUACAUGUCCCCUGUCCUAGACACAUGAGAGCCCAGAGACCUCCCCAACCACAACACGAACCUGGGAGCCUGUGAGAACCCAACAGCCUGGCCUUCUGGCUCCAGAAAACCUAUGAGACUUGCUUGAUGCCCCUCUCAUUCCUUGCACAGACACUGGAUCCCCCCUGCACACACACAUACACAUUCCCAGUGUGGCCAUACUCUGGGCCCUACGGGGACACUGCGCCCUUCAACCCUUCCCCUGACCCUCUACGGUGUCUUCCAUUCCCCAUCUUAUGAGCUGAUAACUCCCAGAGCCUGGGUCCUCUGAAGGAUCCAGCUGCUCUUUCUAGGGGGUUGGCAGUGAGGCAGUCUGAGGUGGGGGACACACUAAAGGGACCUCCCCCCAGCCUCAGCACUACCAGCCUCUCCUAGUGCUGGUAGGAGGUGGAAGCCAGGAGCAAGUCUACACGGACCAUCCUUCCCUAAACCCAAGCAUCCAAUUAUGCAAAAUGAACCAAAUCCCCAGAACUCACUCCAGGUCUAUUUUUCAAUGGAGAGGAGCAGACAUUCCCUCGUCGCACCCCCAUCCUCAAGACUAACCCAAGUCCCAAUACCCCCAUAUACAUUCUGCACUUUAUAGUUGGAUUGUGGACUUAGGAUAACUGGGGGACCCCUUCCUUCACUCUUCCCAAGUCCUUGGAGAACCCCAUUAAAGGACUACAGAAGAGGAACUGGGAUGGUUGUGGAGGGCAGAGGACCUCCCCAAGGCUUCCACCUCUCCCCACCUAUACUAUACCCCACCUC